GAAACGUCACAGUCCAUUUUGAGUGCUCACGGAACGCAAGUGCUAAUCUACGAAAAGCUUGAUUUAUUUAAAUUAGUCAGUAGUGGAGAAGAUAUUUUUUAUUUGGAAAAGUUCGACGCAAUCAACGAUUAAUGAAUGGUUCCGAUGUGCUAGCAGUUAAAAAUUUAGUUCCAUAUCUUUCGCGUGGAUGAAGCAAAUUCUACGCAAUUUUUAAACUCGUCUUAAUCCUAUUGGUGCAGAUUUUUUAUUAUUUUGAUAGCCACUGCAUAUUUGAUCAGAUCAACUAGGCAGUCUGUAGGGAAGCUUACUGUAUAAAAAAACAUCAUGUCAAAAGCGCAUUGGUUUGCAAUUUGUAACAUUAUUUUUGCAUCACUGCCGCUUGCAGUCCUUGGCAUCGAUCUUAGCCGUCUAUAUGGACAUAUGGCUCCGAUUUCCAAAAGGAGUGAGGCAUGCCAUCCAUAUGAACCAUUCAAGUGCCCCGGUGAUGGAAACUGUAUUUCUAUUCAAUACUUGUGUGAUGGAGCCCCUGACUGUUCGGAUGGUUACGAUGAAGAUAUGAGACUCUGCACCGCUGCUAAACGGCCACCUGUAGAGGAAACGGCAUCAUUUUUACAGAGUUUACUAGCAUCACAUGGGCCAAACUACCUUGAAAAGCUAUUUGGCAGCAAAGCGAGAGAUGCCUUGGCUCCCCUAGGAGGAGUGGAGAAAGUAGCUAUAGCUCUCAGUGAAUCGCAAACCAUAGAAGAUUUUGGAGCUGCAUUACAUUUAAUGCGGUCUGAUUUGGAACACUUGAGGUCUGUCUUCAUGGCAGUGGAAAAUGGUGAUUUAGGCAUGCUGAAAUCGAUAGGCAUCAAGGAUUCCGAACUCGGUGAUGUUAAAUUUUUCCUCGAAAAGUUAGUCAACACUGGCUUUCUCGAUUGAGUAGCACCAGAACUAUACUCGCCAUAUUAUUAUUCAGUUCCUCUGCAGCCACAAUUCUACUCCUAUUUGGGAUCUUCGUAUGACGGUUAUAAUUACUAAUUUGGAGAUUUAAAAACUUUUGUUUAAUUAAAGCCAGUUACGUGGUUAUGAAAUAAUGACUGACACAAACAAUAUCUUAACCAUAUUUCUGCCUUUGUGAACUUUUUUUUAUUCGUUAAGCGGAUUACCUUUUAACACAAAGAAAAAAAGCAUUAUCGUUGUAUAAAUUAAAAAAAAACUAUAUUUAUACAAUUUAUUAGACUAGUUAAGGAUGAUGAAAAUCAAUGCACAGAUUUCGUUAAACUUCAUCAGCAAAAACGUCCAGUGUUUAAAUAGAACACAAAUGAUUAUUAGAUCACUGAAUAAUACUAUAAAAAUAAUAGUUAUGGAAUAAUUUGUGAACAGAGAGGCAUAGAGUUUGAUUCGGUUUAGCUCAUGAAAAUGUGAGAUCUCAGAGAUUUAUUCAUCUUUCCUUUGCGUCGACAAUACAAAAAAACAUAGCAACACAGAGUUAUUAUCUAAAUUUUAAGACAUACAUUUAUUCUCAGCACUAUUUCAGAAGUCCAAAGUUUAGAAUUUUUAUUUACAUUUCAAACUCAUCAAACACCUACGAAAAAAACAUAUCAAAAAGGGGUAGAGUACCUUAUUCUAGGACAUAAACUGAGAAAAUUGGGCAAUCAAUCCACUUAUACUGACUUGUAUUUACCAAACAUUCGUACCCUUUUACGAAAAAAAAUAGGAACGCAACAAAAAUGUUGAGUGAAAUUUGCAAUCAAUCAAAUUAAUAAAAAAAAAAUCGCGAUUAGAUAUAAAACAAAAAAGAAAGAAAACAAUGCAACCCACUAUCUUAUGAGAGAUCACAGUAUGAUAAAAAAAACACUUUCAUCACAAUCAAUCAUCUUAUGAGGGCAAAUUUAAAUAACUUGUUCGUUGCUCUGUAAUUUUCAUGGUAAAGUAAAACGUUUCACUUUUAAAUACAUUCUAGGUGGUUUUGCACAGACAACUGAAUGUUCUGCAUAUCAAUUGCUGACGGAUAUUGGUUUUAAACUAAAUACACUUUUUUCUUUACUGUGAGAUACAUCGAAAACUAAGGCCAAAUAAUUAAGAUUCUACUUUCAUAGUGUAUUCCGAAAUAUUUCACUAGUAAAUAGAUAAUACCACUGAACUUAUGUUAGUAUGUUACAGAGCAGUAACUCUUCGAAUACACAUCAAACAACCAUGAUAUUGCAGCACUACGAUUCAAUCAUUUAUAUUUUGCGGUACUUGUUUGUGCACUUUCAACUGAGUCUGCCACAAAGCCAGCUUCAAAAGCCUGAAUAAGGCAUUUGCAUAUUAUUCAGGCCAAACAUGUCUAAAGGUGCUAUCUGCAGAAGAGAGGCUCUCUUUGGUUUCCCUCUCUUUAAUAUCUCAGCUGUUAAUUUGUGUUAUGAUUGUCUCCUUGCAUUGAACGAUGGUCAAAACAAUCGUCUUUUGAUUUGUACUGCAAAAAUAGUUGAAAAGUGUACCAUUACAUUCCAAUAAAUGAAAGAAAAAAUAAACAAAGAGAGCCUCUCAAAUGCAGAUAGGACCUAUUGGAAUGUUUGGCCUGUAUUGUCAACAAUAUGUACCGUAACAUCACCUGAUUCUAAUCACUUUUUUUCGGUUUGAAAUGGAUCAUUGAAGCCAACUUUUCCGCUAUUCACCGCAUUAAAACAAAAGAGCCACCGUAUAUGGACUGUAACACAGUGACAGCAGUCGAGUUACGUCAAACACACAAGACUACGGUGGCGCUAUCUGUUCAUUUCAUAGCGGCCGUUUUAGUUAUUUUAGUGAUCUAUUCCGUUCACCCCAUUUGUUUUGCAUGGUGUGAACGAAAUUAGGAACCGAAAAAAGGGAUUGGAAUUAGGUGAUGUUAUGCCGAGUGUUACGUAUUAUUAUAGAGUUAAAAAGACUACGAUUCAGAUAACAUAACUACCUUUUUCAAGUUUUUACACAUUUUUAUACAAAAAAAUACCAGCAAAAGAAUAAUGCAUAAUUAAACAUAUUAAUAGGCAUUGCACCUACAGUAUCAUGGUUACUUGUGUUGCUCUUGAAAUACGAAACAUAUAUAUUAGGAAUACACUACAUAAAUAAUUUUGCCCUGUUUCAGUAAGAAAAGAAUCAUUAACGUCAUGUAACGAAGCAUAUCAAACUACAUAUCACAUUUGCAGAGCAAAUUUUAUUGUGAAACAAUCUUAGGCAAUAUGUAUUGUACAAGGUAUUGUACUAUUUUGUCAAGCAAUUAUUUUCAAUGAGUUGGAUAACUAAUAAAACUGUCAUUUGCAAGCAA